AUGAGACUGGCAAAAAUGUGCCGAAUAAACGCACUGGGGAUCUAUUUGUGGGAAACGAUAGUCUUUUUCAGCUUGGCAGCGUCAAAAGAAGCUGCGGCGCGUAAAGCUGCCUCUCCGAUGCCCCCCUCAGAGUUCCUGGACAAACUCAUGGGCAAGGUGUCCGGUUACGAUGCCAGAAUCAGACCUAACUUUAAAGUUUGGAACAAAGACCCACAAGGCUCCAAAAAUGAAGCUACUCACAAGAAAGGUCCUCCUGUAAACGUAACCUGCAACAUUUUUAUCAACAGUUUUGGGUCCAUUGCUGAAACAACAAUGGACUACAGAGUGAACAUCUUCCUGAGACAGCAGUGGAAUGACCCUAGGCUGGCCUACAGCGAGUACCCAGACGACUCGUUGGAUCUGGACCCCUCUAUGUUGGACUCCAUCUGGAAACCUGACUUGUUCUUUGCCAACGAAAAAGGGGCCAACUUCCACGAGGUCACCACUGACAACAAGUUGUUGCGCAUCUCCAAAAAUGGCAACGUGCUCUACAGUAUACGAAUUACUCUGAUCUUGGCCUGCCCCAUGGAUCUGAAGAACUUCCCCAUGGACGUGCAAACCUGUAUCAUGCAGUUAGAGAGCUUUGGCUACACAAUGAAUGACCUCAUAUUUGAGUGGGAUGAGAAGGGGGCCGUGCAGGUGGCUGACGGCCUGACAUUACCUCAGUUCAUCCUGAAAGAAGAGAAAGAUCUGCGCUACUGCACCAAGCACUAUAACACAGGUAAAUUCACCUGCAUCGAGGCUCGAUUUCACCUGGAGCGUCAGAUGGGCUACUACCUGAUUCAGAUGUACAUCCCCUCCCUGCUUAUCGUUAUCCUGUCUUGGGUGUCGUUCUGGAUCAACAUGGAUGCCGCUCCUGCUCGGGUGGGUCUGGGCAUCACCACCGUGCUGACCAUGACCACACAGAGCUCUGGCUCCCGAGCAUCCCUGCCCAAGGUGUCCUAUGUAAAAGCCAUUGACAUCUGGAUGGCCGUGUGUCUGCUGUUCGUGUUCUCGGCCCUGUUGGAGUAUGCUGCCGUCAACUUCAUUGCCCGCCAACACAAGGAGCUGCUGCGCUUCAGGAGGAGGCGAAGACACAUGAAGGAGGAUGAGACAGGCGAGGGGCGCUUCAGCUUCGCAGGCUACGGCAUGGGCCCCGCCUGCCUGCAGGCCAAGGACGGCAUGGCCAUCAAGGGGAACAACAACAACGCACCGGCCUCGACCAACCCGCCCGAGAAGAGCGUGGAGGAGAUGAAGAAGCUGUUUGUCAGCCGGGCCAAGCGGAUCGACACGGUGUCCCGCGUGGCCUUCCCACUCGUCUUCCUGAUUUUUAACAUUUUCUACUGGAUCAUUUACAAGAUCAUACGCAGCGAGGACGUCCACAAGCAGUAG